AGGUGAAGGUCACCAAGGGACGCCAUAGAAGGAAUGUUUCAGAUGAUGGAUAACAAAGAACCUCAACCUGAUUUCAGACUCCUAGAGAGAUGAUAACGCGAGUUCUGUACAGUAAUGGCUGGAAUAGUGGACUCCUGUCCAAGGAACCUGACGGAAACAUUGAUAGCCUCUGCCAGACUGGGAUGUGGUCAAGACAAGUAUGGUAACAAACAGUACUUAUGUCUCCCGAACUCAGAAAAGACGGGUCUGGUAGAAUUCUGUCACGAUGGAGUCAUGUGGUUAUUGGAAAGAGGUUAUUGUUUGGAAACCACUGGCGAUCAACUGUCAAAAACUAACUGCUCACAUUUCCUGAUGGGCUGUCCAGAUACAGAAGUCCACAUCAACGAAAUGUACAGAUAUCCCGCCUGUUUAAGAAUUAGUACAGAGUAUCAAUGUUAUCUUGCUGAUCCGAUCUGUGGAAAUACCACAUGGGAUACAACUACCAAAGACAAAACAGAGGAAUUGGUGACCCAUGGAUUCUCCACAGACCAUGGCAUAUAUAAUAUAACAGAAACAAUUAUUCAAACAACCACAUUGGCAGAUAAUAACUCAGCAUUAAUUGGGGCAAUCGUGGGAAUUCUGGUAGUUGUGUUAGUCGCUAUUCUUCUACCUUUGACUGUAUUUUUAGUUUUACGAAGAAGAAAACUGAGACAAGAAAAAGGAAAAGCUGAAGUUAUAGAAGACGAAAAUCAAGUCUUAUUGGAACCGUUACCAACAAUGGACAUCAGACAAGAAGACGAAAAUCAAGUCUUAUUGGAACCGUUACCAACAAUGGACAUCAGACAAGGAUCGAGAGUUAAUGAUACACAAGAACCUGGAGACAUUGUGGGCACUGCUGAAGAUGAUGAAAAUGAUAAUUUUGGUGUUCCUGAAAGUGAACGUUCACUGCUGGCAACAGACGAAGGAACUAUAGAGAUACAAAGAGCGGUCGUCAAUGGAGAUCCAGCGGAUAGUGAGGAAUUUGUCAUACAAGCUGAUGACGGUGAUAAUAUUAUGAAGCAAAAUUCAUUGACACAAAGCAGGAGAAAGAGAAGUAAGAAUACAGAUACCACACAUUUUAUCAUUUCCUUUUUUAUAGUUAUUUUUUAG